CUUUUUCAUAACACUGAGUAGGUACACAUCAUUCUUACUACAUAGUCACACAGUGUCAUAGCUGAUCAUCAACCAGCAGCAUUUAACGCCAUGUGAAAAGCUAGUGACUCACUGUGUGCUUUGUGAUAUUUUCUGUCAUUCUCUGAGCUUCACUCCAAACUGGAAGUGUUGCAUUACUUAUUUUAAAGAUGAAGUUUGAUAAUGUGCUGGCAGAGGUAAAUGGCUUUGGGAAAUUCCAGAAAGGCAUGAUGGUCCUGAUGGUGAUUCCUCGUAUAACUUUGCCGUUCCACUUUCUGCUGAAUAAUUUCAUCGCUGUUAUUCCCUCUCACCACUGCAACAUCAGCCCUCUGGAUGACAGUGCUCUUUUUAGGAAUUUAUCCUUGGAAGACAGGCUGGUUGUUAGUAUUCCAGUCCAGGAGGACGGGACUCCAAGCUCCUGCGAGAUGUUCACAGAGCCUCAGUAUCAUCUCCUGCACAACUCCUCCAACAUUACUUACCUACCCACAGUGUUUUGCCAGAAUGGAUGGGUGUAUGAUUACACCACCUUCAAGUCCACUCUGGCCACAGAGUGGGAUCUGGUUUGUGAUAGCAGGGGAGUGAACAGAGCCACAGCCACAAUCUUUUUCGUGGGAGUCAUGCUUGGAGCAGCAGUAUUUGGAUAUCUUAGUGACAGGUUUGGCAGGAGAAGAACACUUCUGAUAUCCUACAUCACAACUACAGUCUUUGGAUUUGCAAGUGCUUUCUCAUAUAAUUUCCCCAUGUUUGCUGUCAUGAGGUUGUUUACUGGUUUUGGACUUUCUGGAAUAAGUAUAAUCACCAUUGUCCUUUGUGUUGAAUGGGUGGACAUCAAGCAUCGAACUAUAGUGGGUGUUUUAAUGACCCUGGACUGGAGUGUUUGUACUGCUGUCCUACCUGUUGUGGCCUAUUUUUUGAAUGACUGGAGGCACCUGACUGCUGCAUCAACCUCCCCACUGUUACUGGCAAUUAUCUGUUGGAGGUGGCUCCCUGAGUCUGCUAGGUGGCUUAUAAGCAAUGGAAAGCACAACAGUGCUCAUUUUUACCUGACCAAGUGUGCAAAGGCCAACCACAGAGAGCAGUUCAUGACUGACCUAAAGCCUGACAUGCUGUCUAAAGUGAUACUUGUAGAGGAUGAAAACAGAAAAUAUUCCUAUGUGGACCUUUUGAAGACUCCCAGAAUGAGGAGACUGGCUCUACUUACUGGCAUUGUGUGGUGCGGAGUAGCCUGUACCUAUUAUGGAAUCAGCUUGAAUGUCUCUGGAUUUGGUUUGAACAUCUAUCUCACACAGUUCCUCUAUGGAGCAAUUGAAGUCCCAGCGAAAGCAUUUAUCUUUUUAACCUUGAACAUAAUAGGCCGAAGGUUGAAUCAGAGUGGGACACUUGUUCUGACUGGACUGUGUAUAUUCUGCAACAUCUUCAUCCCUCAAGAAAUGGGGAUGUAUCGGACAGUUGUAGGAGCUUUGGGCAAGAUGUUUGCAGAGGCAGCUUUUACAACUGUAUUUCUGUACACAACAGAGCUCUACCCCACAGUGAUGAGACAAAAUGGAUUGGGUUACUGCUCCUUUAUGGCACGUUUGGGCGUGUCUCUGUCCCCCCUUAUCAUGCUUCUUGAGGAAGUGUGGCUCCCUCUGCCGAGUGCUGUUUUCAUCUUGACGUCUUUGACUGCAGGGCUCUCAGCUUCUCUUCUUCCUGAGACAAGAAAUGUCCGUCUACCAGAGACUAUUGAGGAUGUGGAACAGACGCGAAGACGAUCAAUCUCUACAUCUGAUGAGAAAUCUCCAUCUUAUUUUUCUUUUCGAUCCCAAAGGAAGAUAUUUUACACACAGUGAGAGCCCACAAUGAAGUUUGAGAACGUCCUUGCUGAUAUUAAUGGAUUUGGAAGAUUUCAGAUAAUGAUUAUUGUAAUCAGCUUCAUUGGCCGCUUCACACUGCCCUGCCACUUCAUGCUAAACAACUUCAUAGCGGCUGUUCCCUCUCACCACUGCGACAUCAGCUCACUGGAUGAUGGAGGUAUUUUUAGGAAUUUAUCGCAGGCAGAGAGGCUGGUUGUUAGUAUUCCAGUCCAGGAGGAUGGGACUCCAAGCUCCUGUCAGAUGUUCACAGAGCCUCAGUAUCAUCUGCUGCUCAACCUCUUCAACGUUACUGACCUGCCCACAGUGUCGUGCCAGAAUGGAUGGGUGUAUGAUAACACCACCUUCAAAUCUACUUUGACUUCACAGUGGGACCUGGUGUGCGAUAGAAGAGGGAAAAACAAAGCAACGGCUACCAUCUUCUUCAUUGGAGUGAUGUUUGGAGCUAUGACCUUUGGAAGUUUGAGUGACAGGUUUGGCCGAAGGAUCAUGCUGCUGGUGUCCUAUGUGUCUGGAAUGCUGUUUGCUGUUGCAAGUGCUUUUUCUUCGUCUUAUGUGAUGUUCGCGGUGCUGAGGUUCUUCACAGGGUUUUGCAUCACUGGCAUCGUCAUUGUCUCAUCGGUCCUCAGUAUGGAGUGGGUGGACGUUGAGCACAGGAAACUGGUUGGAGUGAUCGACAGCUUAUCAUGGACAUUUGGGAACACAGGAUUUGCAGCUAUUGCCUACUUUGUGAAUGACUGGCGCUGGCUGAUUGUUAGUGUCACAUCACCUCUAAUCUUAGCCAUUGUCACCUGGAGGUGGAUGCCAGAGUCAGCUAGGUGGCUCAUUGCCAAUGGAAAACUGGAGCAAGCUCAGGUGUAUUUGAAAAAAUGUGCCUCGAUGAACGGAACAGAGGAGUUAAUCCACACACUUAAAACAGAGACUUUAGCCACUAUUGUUGUGACAGAGAAAAGAGAUCGGACCUAUUCCUACCUCGACCUGAUACAAACACCCAAGAUGAGGAAACUGGCCCUGCGUACUGGUAUAUUGUGGUUUUGUGUGGCAAUUACAUUUUAUGGCAUCAGCUUCAACAUCACAGGCUUUGGGCUCAAUAUCUAUCUCACUCAGUUUACCUAUGCUGUAAUUGAGCUCCCAGCCAAAAUAUCGGUUUACUACUUAUUGGAUAAGAUUGGCAGGCGAUGCACUGAGGUGGGAUCUCUGCUGUUGGCUGGCAUCUGUCUUGGAAUCAACAUUGCUGUACCUAAAGAUAUGUCUGUUGUGAGAACAGUGGUAGCAGUCAUUGGAAAAGGGUUUUCUUCAGCAUCCUUUGGAACUCUCGUGCUCUACAGCUCUGAACUCUAUCCCACUGUCGUAAGGCAGAACGGUAUGGGCUACAACUCCUUUAUGGCUCGACUUGGUGUAGCUGUGGCUCCUUUGAUCCUCUUACUGGACGAUGUCUGGAAGGAACUACCGCAGGUCGUGCUGUGCUCUACGGCCUCACUUGGGGCAAUAGUAGCACGAACGCUGUCAGAGACACGCAACAGGUGCCUGCCAGAGACCAUAGAGGACAUAGAGCAGCAGUGGUAGUAAAACAGUGUCACCAGUAUGAACGCAUGUUCAGGCAAGCAGUUAUUUUUAACAGUUCUGUGAGAAUUUAGUUUAUUCUGUAGGUAUAAAGAUGAGUUAGAGGAUAUCUUGGCAGAUAACAGGAGACAAGUAGAUUUAAGCAACACCAAAGAUUUUUUUUUCUUGUUCCUUUUUUUCUGUCAAUAAUACUUGAGGCAGCAGUUCCUGACUUUUUUUCAUGACCCUUUGUGGUCAAGUUAAACCUAUGCACAGCUUUUCCUGUAAAUGCUGAACUCUUCAGUGUAUAAAAAAACAGAUUAAGUUGUUUUGUAUGGCAGAUUUGUUGUUUUGUAGUCCCCAGUUUGGGAAUCACUGUUAGAUAAAUUGCAACACUUUUAAGUCCAUACUAUAAUACAGUUGUAUGCAGACAUUGUUAUUAAUGUAGUUAACAAAACUCUAAUAAAUAAACAAUUUAUUAAAUGCCUGUAUUUGAUUAGAAAUGCUUCAUAGGGGAACUUAAAGGCUUACUGGUGAAUUAUAUACAAUAUUCGCAUUUGUAAUAAAGUCUUUUAAUGAAAAGUGCCUCAGACCUGAUUUUAUUUCCUGAAGAUUAAAACCAGAAAACAUGGUAAUCUGUACAGUGGAUUAUAUAAUAAACUCAGUACAAAAGAGGUGAGUUGAACUGUCACAAUUGUAACCAGCACAUCAACAAGUUGAUAAUCUGUUUGACACAGAAAGAUCAUGUACUUGUAACAAUACAGUGCUUGUAUUAACCUGUGUAUUGAUUCAUAGUAAACAAGUGUUUUUACUCGACCAAAUUAAUAUCUAAACACAAGGGCAAAAAAAAUAAAACUCCACUAGACUACACAUUUUUUGUGAUAACAGGUUUUACUAAUUAAUAUGUACACAGAAAGUAAGUCAAAGCUCCUUUAUUAAAGAAACAAAGCAAGCACAAAUCUUUUUUAAUGACUCAGCAAUCCCCUAAAGGAAAGUCCACCACAUCUAAAUGACAUGUUUCUGAUAAUCCUUUUGAAAAUCCUUACAGACAGGUCUAAUAUUUGCUGCUGAUAAUUCAGGUGACAUUACACUUAGUUACAGAAUCAACAUUGAUGGGAAAAAGAAAAAAGAGCAAACAAAAUAUAAAAAUCAAAAUGCCAAAUUUUAAACAUUAAGAUACAAUGAUACAGAAA